AUGCCGGACAAAGCUCCCGACAUUUUGAGUAAGGAAGAGAGAUCCGCCUUACAAUUAUUAAAGAAUGGGGAUGACAUUGUGAUAAAGAAAGCACACAAGAGUUGUAUAGUUGUAGUACUGGAUAAAGAGAUAUACAUGGCGGAGGCUCAUGGACAACUCUUGGACGAACGUUUGUAUGAGAAACUAAACUCUGACCCUAUUAAGGAAUUCUCCUCCGCUAUCACAAAAACUGUUGACCAAAUGUUUGAGAAAAACGAGAUCGGUAUCAUCGUCUUUGAGAAACUAAAUCCUACUGACCGUAGACCAGGCCAAUUUUAUCUACUUCCUAAGAUACCAAAAGAAGGCAUGCCAGGUCGCCCUACAGUAGUUGCAAUUGGACACCACACGGGGAAAAUUUCUGAAUACAUUGAUUUACAUUUCCUUCUACACUUAGAGAAUUUGCCAUCCUAUUUCAAGGACACCACGGGCUACAUUAAAAAUACGCUCUCUACUGGCCUUCCAGAUCAUACCCUUCUCGUGACUAUGGACGUCACAUCUUUAUACACCAAUAUUCUACACGAUGAGGAUAUCGAAUCCUGUAGAAAAAAGGAGAAAGACAAUAGCUACAGGGUCCCUCUGGUAACCACAUUCAAUCCCGGCAGUCCUUAA